UACAGGACAACAUGUCUGGUGGCUAAGUUAGCUACAGAGCUAGCUGUACUUAGCUGACCUAAUGAUGUGGCUACAAGCGAAACCCGGAUUCAGAGGUGCUAUAGAUAAAACAAGCAUGGUUCCAGAUAAGUGAGCAUAGUAUGUCAGAAAACCUAAGUAGCACACCGGACUCCAAGAACAUUAAAACGCCCCUGCCAUGGCAGCUGGUGUCAGCAUAUUGAGUGACCUGCCUUACUCCAUGACUGGAGCCCACAGUGGAGAGAUCAGCGCAGAGAUGGAGACAGCCAAUGCAAGGAUCCCCACCGCAAAGUACACCAAGAUGGGCGAGACCCUGAGGCAUGUCAUCCCGGGUCACAUGCAGUGCUCCAUGGCCUGUGGAGGGAGAGCCUGUAAAUAUGAGAACCCCUCUCGCUGGAGCGACGAGGAGCAAGCCAUUAAAGGACUCUACUCGUCCUGGAUUACUGACAACUUGCUAGCAAUGGCAAGGCCUUCCAGUGAAAUCAUAGAGAAAUAUAACAUCAUCGAACAGUUUCAAAGGUGCGGUUUGAAGACGGUCAUUAACCUGCAGCGGCCCGGAGAACACGCCAGCUGUGGAAACCCACUGGAGCAGGAGAGUGGGUUCACUUACAGACCUGAGACCUUCAUGGAGGCAGGCAUUUAUUACUACAACUUUGGGUGGAAGGACUAUGGUGUGGCAUCUCUCACGACAAUCCUUGACAUGGUCAAAGUCAUGUCAUUUGCUGUCCAAGAGGGUAAAAUGGCUGUCCACUGCCACGCUGGUCUAGGAAGAACAGGUGUGUUGUUGGCCUGUUACCUCGUCUUUACAUCGCGGAUGAGUGCCGAUCAGGCCAUCCUGUUUGUACGAGCCAAGAGACCCAACUCCAUCCAGACCCGAGGUCAGCUGCUGUGUGUUCGGGAGUUCGCCCAGUUCCUCGUUCCCCUCCGGAACGUCUUUUCCUGUGCUGAGCCCAAGGCGAGCGCCGUCACCCUAUCGCAGUACCUGACCCGGCAGCGCCACCUGCUGCACGGCUACGAGGCACGGCAGAUGAAGAACGUGCCAAAGAUCGUCCAGCUUGUCUGCCGCCACCUCAUGGACAUUGCCGCUAACCGGCAGGUGGUCAUCGAGGAGGAGUGGCUGGAGAUCCCCGACCUCACGGCAGAGGUGGAGAAAACGGUGUCCCAGCAGGCCUUGCAGCAGCUUGGAAAAGAGCUGAGAGGGAAGGGGAUUCCUGUGGCAGGAUGUUCAUCUCACCCCCCGAGUCCAGCCGCUCUGCAGUCCAGACCUCUACACGAUCAGCCUCUGAUUAGUGACAAUGAGCUGGACCCUCUGUGGAGCCAGCAGGACUUGGAGACCCCUCUGAGGUCGUCUCUGUCCAACAACAAGAGCCUCAGCUACAGCGACUCUGUCCUUCAUAAACUCAAACCUCACGAUUUAGAAGACGUGAAGAACAACAAACCUCCAAACAGCUGCCUCAUCAAACAUUCCUUGUCUCACAGCAGCCUUACAGCGCAUCGCCCGCCCAUACUCUGUGACCUCUCACCUCAGGAUUUUACCAGCAGCGUUCAGGACAACGACACAGAAGCACAACAGCACGCAGGUUUGAAAAAGCAGCUACAUAAAGGCCACCACAGCGUGUCUUUAGAUCUGUCAGAGCAGGGAAGGAGAGCCCACUGUAACACCCGACUGCCAGCCUUAUCAAACAGGAGCCAGCGGGAUGCCAGGGGGGAGGAGCCAGACCUGGAUGUGUCAGCGGUCGGAGCAGAGGUUCCCUUCAUCACUCUGCACUCUGAACUGUCCCCAGAAAACAGACGCCUGUUGGUGGCCAGAGCCUUGGCCUUGGACCUGACAGACCAGGACCUAAGCACCAAGGUCUUGGUGUGGCAGACGGAGCUGAACUCCAGAGAAGGGGCGUGGGAGAGACUCUGUAUGGAGAGAGACCCUCUGGUUCUGUCUGGUCUCAUGUGGUCCUGGUUGGAGCAGCUCAAGGACCCGGUCAUCAGCAGCGAGGACAUUAAAGUCCUCAGUGAGAACAACGUCAACCCACAGAACGCCCUCAACUCACUGGAAAAGGGCCACAGACUGACUCUGCUCUGUAUCCUCGACUGUGCUGCUCAUCUUCUGCCAAUGCCUGAAGACGUGGAGACGAGUUUUCUCACCCAAACAAUAAAAGUGUUUACAAAGACGGACCCUUCCUCGGGGAAGAACGAGGGCUUGUACUCGACACUCAAAGCAAUCCUGACUCCGAUUCUUCACGAACUGUGCGACAAAGCUGUGGAGGACAACGACGACUUCUAAUCCAGCCUCAACCUGACGGGACCGAGUCCAGCGCAGGAUCCUCUGGUCCCCCUUUGGGCAUUACUGCACUUAAAGCCAGUUCCUCGGAUCAAACGCUGCUGAGAUCUGCCAACUCACAGUCUGUAUUUAAGGCUGUCACUCAUCAGUGGUUUGGUUUCUCUCUUCUUCUCCUCUAAGCACUGCCAUCCUCUGUGUUUACGUGCCACUGUGCUCAUUCUGUCACUUCUCUGUUGUACUGUCAUAUUUGCGAAGGACUUAGACGUGGUUUUGAAUAUCUGUUCGUUAGAAGAUGACUGAGGAAAAAUUCUCACGAUGUUAAUGUUAUUUAACUCUAAGCUGUCGGGAGGGGCGUCGUAUUUAAACCAAAAGAUGUUUUUACACUGUGCAGAUGCUCUAAUGUGUCUUAUUUAUUCCGACCUUCUUAUUUGAAAUGCAGACUUAAUAACUGUAACCCGAAUGCUUUGUUCAUGAUAGAAUGUAAAACUGUUUACUUAGACUGAAAUGCAAACUGUGGCUCUUUUUAAGGCAAUGCAAACACACACACACACCCCACCCCCCCAGUCCAUUUGAUGUCCUUAAUACUGUGUGCACCAAAAACCUCUCUGUACUGUUCUGUUGUACAUGCAUUUAUGUAAAAACAUGGAUCUGCCUCUUGUGUCGGCCUCUGUCCGGACUCUGUCUCUGCUGUGCCGCCUUUCGCCUCAGUGUCUCACACAUACACACACACACACACACACACACACAUAUGUAACGCAGACCUGCUGACACGCUGAAUGUGGAACACAGACCAUAAUAAUCAGCCUAUAAGCGACUUGAGACGUUGUACUGUGGGAGUUUUCAACAAACACUAUUUUUUCAUUGUUCCAGUGGAAUACUUGUUACAGAAUUAAAUGCACUGACUGACUGCA